AACUCCCUCAGGCAGCGGGAAACCGCUCACAGCUUCUGCGAAGGUUGUCUCAGUCAGGGCUGGUGCCGGUCGCCCAUGAAAGGAGGUGUGCGCGGGAAAGGCGGAGUCCACCAGGGAAAGACCCCACCUCCGGAGAGAUGACAGAGCAAGUCAGGAGCGCACAGCGAGGCAGCCGCUGCUUAAUACUCAGUUAUCGGUGUGUUGUCUACUGCGCCUCCAUCAUCGUCUCUUUGUGCCUGCGGCCGCUAUGCGAGAUUACGACGAUAUCAUCGACUUCCUAGGCGAGUGGGGCCCCUUCCAGCGCCUCAUCUUCUUCCUGCUCAGCGCCAGCAUCAUCCCCAACGGCUUCAACGGCAUGUCCGCCGUCUUCCUGGCCGGCACCCCCGAGCACCGGUGCCGGGUGCCCGCAAGCGCCAACCUGAGCAGCGAGUGGCUCAACAACAGCAUCCCCCUGGAGGAGCGCGACGGGCGGCAGGUGCUCAGCCGCUGCCGCCGUUACCGCCUGGAGGCCCUGGCCCACUUCUCCGCCACGAACCUGGAGCCCGGCCGCGACGUCAACCUCAGCCAGGUGGAGCAGGAGAAGUGCCUGGACGGCUGGGAGUACAGCCGAGAGCCCUACCUCUCCACCAUUGUCAGCGAGUGGAAUCUGGUUUGCGAUGAUGACUGGAAAACCCCCUUAACUACAUCUUUGUUCUUUGUGGGCGUGCUGCUUGGAUCUUUUAUAUCAGGACAGCUCUCAGACAGGUUUGGCAGAAAGAGCAUUUUAUUUGCAACCAUGGGCGUGCAGACAGGUUUCAGCUUCCUGCAGAUCUUCUCAACCAGCUGGGAAAUGUUCACCAUGCUUUUUGUUAUAGUUGGCAUGGGGCAGAUUUCAAACUACGUUGUGGCCUUCAUAUUAGGCACAGAAAUUCUUGGCAAAUCAGUUCGUAUUAUAUUCUCUACAUUAGGAGUUUGCAUAUUUUUUGCAAUUGGCUACAUGUUGCUGCCACUAUUUGCUUACUUCAUCAGAGACUGGCGGAUGCUGCUACUGGCUCUUACUAUACCUGGGGUUUGCUGCGUUCCACUGUGGUGGCUCAUUCCCGAGUCACCCCGGUGGUUGAUCUCUCAAGGAAGAUUUGAAGAAGCUGAAAUUAUUAUUCGGAAGGCUGCCAAAAAAAAUGGGAUUCCAGCCCCAGCAAUACUUUUAGACCCUGUGGAGAUACAGGAUUUGAAGGCCAAGCAGCAGCAAGGAGUGCUUCUGGACUUGUUCAGAACCCAAAAUAUUGCAACUAUCACUGUCAUGUCUCUUCUCUUGUGGAUGUUUACAUCUAUUGGCUACUUUGGCUUGUCGCUCAGUACCCCCAAUCUACAUGGAAAUGUCUACCUUAAUUGUUUCCUGUCAGCAGUAAUUGAAGUUCCAGCCUAUGUGAUUGCUUGGCUUCUCCUCCGAACUUUACCUCGACGUUAUUCAAUAUCUGGCACGCUUUUCUUGGGAGGAGGAGUUAUUCUGUUUAUUCAACUUGUACCUCCAACCCUCCACCUCCUCUCCGUUAUCUUGGUGAUGCUGGGGAAAUUUGGGAUCACGUCCGCCUUCUCCAUGCUUUAUGUCUACACUGCAGAGCUCUACCCAACCAUAGUAAGAAACAUGGCAGUAGGUGCCACCUCCAUGUCAUCCCGGGUGGGAAGCAUCAUUGCUCCUUACUUCGUUUUCCUUGGUGCCUAUGAUAGAUUUCUGCCUUAUAUCCUCAUGGGCAGCCUGACUGUGCUGAUAGGGAUUCUCACCCUCUUUCUCCCAGAAAGUUAUGGGAACCCUCUACCAGAGACAUUUGAAGAGAUGCUACGAGUUAAAGGAUUCAGAAAAACAAAACACACCUACAAAAUAGGGAGUUCAAAGCAGAAUGAACUGAACACCAACAAUCUGAGAACAUCAUUGUGAUCAUAUAUGUCUUUUGAUGAAAUGAACAACCGGGAAUGGUUAAAAUGCAAUUCUAAAGAUAAAUGAAAAAUUACUUGCCAUACUAGGGAGUAGUUGUUCUCAUGACCCCACAUUUCACAAUACUGGUAUACCAAAUAUAUGGGUUUUCUGUUAAGUUACUUUAAGCAUAUAUAAGGCUCCUCCAUCAAUAAUUAUUUUUGUGCCUUGGUUUUGGGGUUUGUCUUGUGAAGCCUUGAGCACUUUCAUCUCCUCCUUGGGAUUUAAACAGUAUGUACUUUUAAAACCAGGCCAUCAGUGAUUGGAAGAAGUGGAUGUACUGGUUGUAGUAUCAUCAGAACUGUAGUUGAUGUCACAUGAAGCUACUUUAAUUCCACAUUCCGCUUUCCAAAAGCCCUAAAUAGCUAGACUGAUUAAAAACCAGUUGCAUCUGUAGUUGUUGGUUUAAGGAAAUUAAUCCUGUUGGAAUAAAUUGAACUCUAACUAUUAAGUACUUUGAUAACCAGACUUCAUUUUCUAAUUUGAAAAACUUCAAAAGGAAUAAAACUCUUAACAGACAAAAGUUUAGCUGUUAUAAAAUACAGGUGUAAACUUUGAAAGGCAUUUUUAAAAACAGCAACAUCCUCUUUGGAGUCUGCUUACUUGUUAGGAGUAAACUUUGACAAUAUUUCCUUUCAUCUACCAAACCAGAUUACAUGUCUGAAAUUCCAUACCCUUAAAACCAGCUGACAUUAACCAAGAGGUACUGCUUGUUUAGGAAAUUUUAUCAGAGUCAAGAGUGGACAAUGCCCAGAAAUUUAACUGUUUAAUUUCUUUCUUGUUCCCUACCCCUAAGUCCCCACAAUCCCCCUCCCCCCUUAAAUUCUACUUGUGACUAUGGAAUGUGUGUUCAUCAAACUUUAAAGGUUUGUAUAUAAAAAACAGUAAGGUAUAUCAAAGUACUUGCAAGUUUAUUCACUUCAGUGAUGCCCAAAUUGAGCGGUGUUUCUGGAGACUAGGCCUUGCAUAAUUUUUGACAUUGUAACUAAGGCCAGGGUUGGUGACAGGCAUGACUGGGCCCUUGGGCACCAGCCUGCCCCAGGGCUUGAGGCGUUGUAGCUCAACCCCCGCAUACAGGCGGUGCGGGGCUAAUAACCCUGCCCAUGCAUCCCACCUACCUCUCCUGUCCCUGUGAAUGAGGUGCAUGCAUGCCUACCAUCGGCCAAGAUGGCGGCAGGGGCAUCAAGCCCCUGCCACUGUCUUGGUUGAUGGUAGGCAUAUGCACACAGCUCACACCUCAUUCACAGGGACGGGAGAGAUAGGUGGGGCAUGCGUGCGGACUUACUGAAGCCCAUGCUGACUAUAUUAGGAGAGGGUGUCUGGGAGCUCCCUCUCUGUGAUUUGACGCUGUCAUGGAUCAAGGAAUGGGAGCGCUACACUCCUACCCUAAGGAGGGGCCUCUCAGCCAGGGCCUGACCUGGCCGCCCGCUGGCGCUGGCCCUGACUAAAGCUGCAAACCUGAACCUAUACACAUUUGCUUGGGAGCAAAGCCAAUUGAAUUCAGUAGGAUUUAUUUCAGAAUAGACAUGCACAGGCUUCAGUUGAAAGUUGUACCAUUUCCCGCUGGUAUGCUAAACAUUCUUAUUUCUCUAAGUAUUUAGCAAAUGAAAGUUAACUCAAUAUAAAUGCUAAUUUGUAACAAAGAAAAUGAUCAGGAAACUAAGUCCAAACCCACAGUUAGAGAAAGAUGGUGAUCUUUCUGGGACAAGAACUUCUGCAAACCAGAUGUUCUGUUGCAUGUGUAUUAUUCUGCCACAAGAAUCCAUCAGCUAACAAAAGGACCACAACAUUAGAACUGAAUGACAAUUUCCUAGUAUGGACUGUGCGUAUGAAAGUGAGGGCCAAUUUAUAUAUUACUAGCAGCACCAUUAGGAGAAGAUUUGUGUGGCUGUUUCCAUGCUACAGCUACUGCCCUGUCAAUUCUGGUAGGUGUAAAUUGGACCUUAUUUAAAUAAAAAUAUGUCCUAUAAAAUGCAGUCCACCUGAACUAAUAAUGAUCAAGGAUUGAGAUGGAGGAACCUUCCUAAUGUUUUUAAAGCCCAAAGAUCUCAAUACACCAGGACAGCACAAUACACUCAGUCUGUGUUUUUUUAAUAUGAUUAAUCCAGAAUAACUUGCUUCAUGACAUCAGACCUUAUCUGUAAUGCCAGGAAAGUACCAAGGUGAUCCUUAGUAAAAGCUGCUUCUUUUCACUCGCCCCUCUACAGAACUAUAAUAGGCCUGAUGGCCCACAUUCUGUAUGGGAGGUCAGUGCCUUCUCUGAAACAACAAGGGAGGAGCAGGCUGUGCCACAGAGUUCUUAAAUGAGAACACCUUUCUGAUCUAAUAGCUGUUGCCAUAACAAACCUAACUAAUGUUCUUUUGAGGGACACAAAAUUAGCUAUUUUUUCCAGAGAUAAUUUUGUUUGCUAUAUGAAAUCCUAUACCAUGAAGACAACAUUAUGUCAAGGUUCUCUUUUCUGUUCUUGCACUAUUUAUCAACCUGGUUAUUUAAACAUUUUAUUAAGAGGGUAUUUUUAUUGUUUUGCUAUAAGAAAUUUCCAUCGCGUGACUAUUCAAGUGUCUUGGUUACUUGUAAGGUUGCCAGUUUCUGAACCAGAGACUGCAGUUGUAGCUUUUAUAUGUAAACAUUUGGCAACAGUGUUUCCUACUCACUGCAGCUUACCUGCCCUGCUGCUUAGUUGAAAGGAAGUCUCUUGAUGUUUUUACCACACAGCAGACUGGCAGAUAAAUCUAAUGCUCUGGCCACCAAUUCCAAAUGCUGUCUUUCUGACUAGGAGCUGUUGAUCCUGACUGCUUUCUCAGCAAACUGUUAAUAUCUGCAAAGGAUAAAGUUGUUUACAUAACCUGUUGUGAUUUGGCAGUAUAUACCAUGGCAUAUAUUUAUGUAGAUAUUUUAUAUAAAAAUAAUGGAUUCUGAUCCUGUUUUACAUUGUUGUAACUGUCACUAUUUCUAAUACUUAGACUUUAUAUAUUGUGGUAUUUUUGUGGAGGACUUUGUUUUACCAAUGUUUCUUUAACAAUUUAAGGGUGUCUCAAUUUUUAUUUGGGCAAAUUUAAAUGUAGCUCCUUAGACAGAGCUUUGAAAAAAACCCUUUCAGAAUCUUAAAACAUGAAGCUGCACUUUCUAGAGGAUUGUGACAUGUUGUGUUAUGUUGUCUUAUGUUAUGAAAUAAAAACCUCCAUUUUUGAGGGAUCAGUUCUGUAAAGACUCCGCCAUUAUGACUUGAUGGACUGAAAGUUCUUGAGGUGUUUCAGCCUUUUAAAGUUUGUGUGGUGAUUUCAUGGUUAAUGAUAUCAGCUAAGUUACUAGAGCCUGUGAAUUUAAGGUCCUGCUUGCUCUCAUGUAAAGCAGUUUCUAGUCUAAAGAGACCUUAUUUAGUAACUACAUAAGUGGUUGAAGAAAUUCAUACUUCUGUGUGCAUUGCUAUAAAACCUGUAGGGGCUGUGGGAACUGGAAUGGAUUGUGUCAUAUUAAGACUUCACAGUAUUUAUCCUAGAAAGAAUUGCUUGAUUUUAGGGGACCAUUUGCAAGGGAAAAAAAAAUUCUCAGGGAUUUGCCAGGUAAUAUCUGCGGUAGUCCAAAGAUUGUAAAAGAAAGGAGGAUCAUAGAAUAGUAGAGUUGGAAGGGGCCUAUAAGGCCAUCAAGUCUAACCCUCUGCUCAAUGCAGGAAUCCAAAUCAAAGCAUUCCCGACAGAUGGCUGUCUAGCUGCCUCUUGAAUGCCUCCAGUGUUGGAGAGCCCAUUACUCUCUAGGUAAUUGGUUCCAUUGUCGUAUGGCUCUGUUAGGAAGUUUUUCCUGAUGUCCAGUCGAAAUCUGGCUUCCUGCAACUUGAGCCCAAUAUUCUGUGUCCUGCACUCUGGGACAAUAAGGAAGAGAUCCCGGCCCUCCUCUGUGUGACAGCCUUUCAUGUACUUGAAGAGUGCUAUCAUAUCUCCCUUCAGUCUUCUCUUCUCCAGGCUAAACAUGCCCAGUUGUUUCAGUCCCUCCUCAUAGGGCUUUGUUUCCAGACCCCUGAUCAUCCUUGUUGCCCUCCUCUGAAACUGUUCCAGUUUGUCUACAUCCUUCUUGAAGUGUGGAGACCAGAACUGAACACAGUAUUCAAGAUGUGGCCUAACCACUGCUGAAUAGAGGUGAACUAAUACUCCACGUGAUUUGGAAACUAACUUCUGUUAAUGCAGCCUAACCUUUUUUGCAGCCACAUCACAAUGUUGGCACAUAUUCAGCUUGUGAUCAACGGCAAUUCCAGGAUCCUUCUCACAUGCCAUAUUGCUGAGCCAAGUAUCCCCCAUUUUAUAACUGUGCAUUUGGGUUCUUUUUCCUAAGUGUAGAACUUUGCAUUUAUCCCUGUUGAAUUUCAUUCUGUUGUUUUCAGCCCAGUGCUCCAGCCUAUCAAGGUCCCUUUGAAUUUGGUUUCUGUCUUCCAUGGUAUUAGCUGUGUCCCUGAAUUUUGUAUCAUCUACAAAUUUGAUAAGCAUGCUCUGUACCUCCUCAUCCAAGUUGUUAAUAAAAAUGUUGAAGAGCACUGGGCCCAGGACUUCCACCCAGUUUGAGAAGGAAGCAUUGAUAAACACUCUGAGUACGAUUCUGGAGCCAACUGCGGAUCCACCUGAUAGUUGUUCCAUCCAGCCCACAUUUAGCUAGCUUGCUAAUCAGAGUAUCAUGGGCAUAUCAUUGCUAAUCAGAGUAUCAUGUCAAAAGGUUUGCUGAAGUAGAGACAUAUUAUGUCCACAGCAUUCCUACACUCUACAAGGGAGGUUACCCAAUCAAAAAAUAAGAUAAUAUUAGUUUGGCAGGAUUUGUUCUUCUUAAAUCCAUGUUGGCUCCUAAUGAUGGAGCCAUCAUCUCAUGAUGGAGAGGCUUUUGUUGACACCUUAUUUGCUUUUGUUUCCUUUCUUACUGUAAAUCCUCCAGAUGGUGCUGGCAAAAGCUUUGAUUUAUUUUUGUGGGACUAUAUUGUCUUUCUGCUGCAGGCCUGUACAACUUGGACACACCAAGCAAAACACAGCCAGCUGGUAGCUUAUUCUGCCAGUUUUUGCUACCUGCCUGUGAUGGCACAAAACAAAGCUAUCAGGCACCUAGCAGACUGUGUAUGGCUCAGCAGGUCACAAAUUAAGCCAUGAAGGCCUGUUCUGUGGUCAAGUCCCUGUAGGUCAGCUUGGGCCCAGGAUAGCUCUUUAUUAGAGGGGGGAAAUUGUUUGACUAGAGUCUUUCCACUAACUUCAGUGGAAGUCACCCUUUCCCUAGACCUGACCUAGUUGCUACUUGAGAUGUCCCUCUCCUUUCCAUAUUAUACUGAAUAACUUACACUAUUUGUUUAGAUCUCAAAUGGUUAGUGUGGGAUUUUUAAAAUACACUAUGCAUCAUUCCA